AAUGGAGAAACCCUAACAUUCCUGUCAGCAACCUCUUGGUCAAAGAUCAAGUAGACUGCUGGAAAGUGAAGGAAGAGACCCCAGCCGAGGGGGAUGCCAGGUGGGAUUUGGAGCGCCGGUGCUUCCGCCAGUUCUGCUACCAGGAGGCCGAGGGACCGCGGGAGGUUUGCGGAAUGCUUCGUGAGCUCUGCUGUCGGUGGCUGCAGCCUGAAGGGAACACGAAAGAGCAGAUCCUAGAGCUGGUCAUCCUGGAGCAGUUCCUGAGUGUCCUGCCCCCAGAGAUGAAGAGCUUGGUCUGGGAAGGUCGCCCCACAACUUGUUUUCAGGCGGUGACCCUAGCCGAAGAUUUCCUGCUGCGGCAACAAAAGCAUGAGGGGGAAGAACAACAGGGGUCUUGGCAAUUGAAGGAAGAACUGGCUGAUUUCCCAGAGGCAGAGGGGACUCCAUCAGGUUCCUGUGAGUGGCCGCUCUUCCAAGAGAUCAAGCAGGAGGAGGAUGGAGGCGUUACCACACUGGAAAGACUUACAUGGUGCGAAAAGCCCCCAUCCACCGUCUCUGCUUCUCAGGAAUAA